AUGGGGGGUCGACCACGGAUAGUGUCUAGCUAUGAAGCGACUGCUAUCGUGAAUCGGACCCGGGAAGGCAGGCUCUCAAAAGCGGCCGAGGGAGAUCGGGGACGUAACUGCGUGUUCUGUCGCCGGCUCGUUCGUCGCCCUGUUCUGUGGAUUGCAACGCCGGUCCUUGUUCGGUCUCUCGUCAAUGCAGCCGUUGGACUACGGGUGCUCGUCGCUUCCGUCGUUGCUCCUUCUGGCAGUUGUUCAGCUGCGGUUUCGCUCCGUACGGAGGGAGUGGGUUCGUUCGGCGUCUCCGGCGAUGUGGCUUCCCAACUGCUGGUUGCAGCUAAUCGUCGUUCGCUUCGGUGGUCUUCCUGUCUUCGUUUCUUCGUACUGAGAUACUGGUGUGUUCUGGUAGAAGAGGUAAUGUUGAUUGAAGACUGA